UACAUCACCCGUGAAAAUAAUAUUCUACUCACCUUCUUCUAUCUAUAUUUAGGUACGAACUGCAAUCACCCGAACAACCAAAACCAGCCUCUCUCAUUUAUGGCUUCAUCUCUAUAUAUUUAUCUACAGUAUCUUUAAAUUCUAUUUUUCUAUAAAUAUAGUCACGGAGAUUUCCUCACUCUUCAUCUCUCUAGUAAUGUUGUAACCGAUCGCAGUUCAAGUGAGAGAGUAUCGAAAUAUUUAUUUUUUUAAAUUUAUUCGAGAAUGGAGGGUGUUUCGACGAGAGUGUACAACGGGCUAAGAGGGUAUUGGAGAAGACGGGGUUACGAGAGGAUAAGUGGUUCCGGGCGGCGACGGAAUAUUCCGGCGGUGGAGCUGGGCUCCGGCGGGUCGACCCGGAGGAAACGGUUUUGGAAGGUGAAGAUCAACCGGAAAAUAAAGAUCAAGUGUUUUUUUGCGGCGCCGAAGAAGUUUUUCAGCGGGUUGCGUGAUGGGUACGUUAGGAUGAUGAUGCGGUUUGCUAACUCGAGGGCUGUGGGAGUGAGCGGGUACGGGUCCGGGUUCGGAGGCCAAGCGUGCUUUGCGACCCGACCCAUUAAGGAGUAUGAUGAGAAAAUGAUCGUAGAGUUGUACAAGUCGAUUUUGAUGGCUCAGAAUCAGUUGGUUCAACGGGAUGCAACCCGGUUUGGAUCCGAGAUAAUUCUUCGACGGUAACUUGAGAAACUGACAGUGUCAUUAAGUUGACAAUCUCAUAAUAUAUAGUAUGUUUUUGUUUUUCAGGUGAUAAUAAUAAUGAUUAUUAUAUUUGGAAAAGGUUUCUAAGA